AUGGAGGUCGAUCUUCAACAACAUCAGUGUCACGUCUUUAAGGACUUCAUGACUCUCAAUCCCAGCGCAAACAUGCCGAUCUUGGGAAAGAGAUGCGCGCUCGACGCUCUGAACCACACUCUGACCCCCGACCAUUACGCGCAGCCCCUGAACCGCAACAGCCAGUAUCCUCAAUAUACCCCUCUUGUCGUUGCGCUCAACACAAUCUGCGCCGAGUCGAAGAUGCCCAUAAUCACCGAGGCUCAGCUACACAACAUGCAGUUCAUGCCUUGGUUCGAUCCAUUCGCCAAGGAGUUCAUCAAAUCUCACCACGCUCAAAAUCUGAUCGACAUCAACAACUUUUUGAAUGUCCAGGGCUCAAUCACAAAAGACCAUAUGGUAUUGAUGACUGCUGCAUUCUCCUACGUCAUUGGUCUUGAGAAUGUCAGUCUGGGCAUUGUGACAUUAGUCAGAGGUCAGCCAGUCAAGGCGUUCCAUUACCCGGAUACCUACCUCAGCCCUAAGUACACGGCUUGGAUUGUCGCAGACUUUCGCGCCAACGAACCUCGCUUCUUUGGUAUUGGACGCCAAGUUGAACAGAAGCAGAACUUUGUGUCUGGAGAAGAGGUGGAUGAUGAGGAGGAGCACGACAACGAAGAAGUCAGUGAGGAAGGAACCCCAGUCCCCACGACCACACCUCGCAAGACCGCCGCUCGUGUUCUGGUGCAGCAGACUCCACUCCCUGCUGGUCUGUCGGCUGAUGUUAUACUGCAACAUCACAAGAGCCGUUUGCAAUACAACAACGUCUUGAAGGUGGGUCUUGUUUACAGCAAUCAGAAGAUUGCAGAGAACUGCAAGUCGGACUCGUUACCCAAGAAUGAACAACUCCGUCACACCAGCGCUGUUGUCAAGCGCAUCAACACCGGUGUCAACUGGAUUGAAGAUCAGUACGAGAUUGACAGUGGCGCCUUUCGCACUGCAUAUGACCGUCAGCGUCGCAUCAACGGCAUCCCAAUCAGAGGCAAGGACGAGGUCGAUGACGAUGUUAUCACCGCCAAUCACUCCAAGAUCGAUGCCGCCAUGACUUGGAUCAGAAUGGGUGGUCCUCGCCCUGCUGAUGACCAUGCUCCACACGACUUAUCUAUCACUACUGCCUCGGUCACCAACCCCCUAAACUAUGCGAUGAAUAACGACAAUGUGGGCAUGAUCUACAGCAACAACGGUAUGGUGGGCAAUGAGAUGGAAGUGGAAGAUGAUCUCAACUGGAACCCCGAGGAUCUCGACCCCGAGCAAGAGUUUGCGCAGCAUAUGUUCCGUUGA